GAGAUGUUGGUCGUUCUGUUCGACAUGCAUCAGACAUGUCAAUCUCUGAUGAGGAUUUGUCAAAAACCAUUGAAAUCCUGACUGAUCUCCUAUCCGAUGCAAGAUACCUAGCAAAUGAUACAAAGGCAAAACAGGCCGUGGAAAAAUUGAAACAGCUGGAAGCAAACACUUUAACAAUAAGUACCUCAGACAUUACUACAAUACUAGAUGAGGAAUUUAAAGUACUUGUUGCAAGGCAACAAGAAAAUGCUUUAAAGGCAAUUAGCACAGAGAGAGAAGAAGUCCAGAAAAAGAUGUUAGAUGAUGUAAAGAAUGCAUUUGCCAACAUGCAGACAGUAACACUUCAUCAUUUAGAUCAAAUUGUUGCUACGAAAAUGAGCGAAAUUCAACAAGUUGCCGAAAAGGAAAAGAAGGAACUUACAGAGAUUAGCGCGAAAGGAAAGCAACAAAUUGAAGAAGAAAUUCGCAAAGGAAAGGGUGUAGCUCUAUCCGAAGAAGAAACAGAAACAAACACGAAGCAGCGUGAACUGGAGAAAUAUUUAAGAGAUGACCUCGUCAGUUUCUACAGAAAAUAUCAUAGUACCAUUCCUGUGUCUCCUUUAGUAGAAGAACAUGAUGUUCCACUUCUCGACUUCUACGUACAACCUCCACUGUCUUCAGUUGACAUACAGAAGAAGUUUGGACGAAUUCAGGAAUCUCGUACCAGGAAGCAAGUACAUAAUUUGAACGAUAUAUUUCUGAAACCUGAUGGAAAAAUAUACAAGGACAUCUACAUCACAGCCAAAGCAGGAGUUGGAAAAACAUCGUUUGUGAAUAGAAUUUGCAUGGUGUGGUGCCAAGCACACUGCCCUCAGAAAGAGUUGGAAAACAAGUUCAAACCAGAAGAGGUUACCGUAAUGAAAUCAUUUACGUGUCUGUUUAUGAUUACAUUAAGGGACAUUGACACAUCAUUGUGUAAUGUUGAUGAUAUGAUUUUCAAUCAAAUUAUUAGAAACCUGUCAAGAUUUCGAAGAUAUAACGAAAUAUUUAUAGAAGAUAUACUGCAAGAAAAGGAUUGUUUAUUAUAACUAGAUGGACUUGAU